CCUACCAUCCGAAAACCUUUGUUUUCACAUCCAAUAUUUUAUAUGGUUUCUUUCUAAACAACAUUCAUCAAAUUACCACCAUGACAUUUACCACCAUCAUAUACUCACCGAUACAUAAAUCAGCCGUGUAAUGUACAAAAACAAAUAUCCAAAUACCACCGUUUCAACAUCGAGAUAGCUUUCAUCACUAAAGUCUCAACAAAAUCUACCAUUGCAAUUAUCAUAAUCCUCAAUAACAUAAUCAUGUCUUUGCCGAUUUCGUAUAACUCAUAUUAACAGUAGAGUUCAAAUUGUAAACAAUUGUUUAUGCAGGUUUAUAAUAGUAUCUAUAGCGGAAGAAAGAAAAGUGAAUCGGUCCACCCCGCGAAUAUACCGCUUCUACAUGGAACAACAUUAUCACCGAGAAUCUCCGACGAACCGUACAAGCUUACGCCCACCACGACGCAACGCCGGAAUCGCGACGGAACCACCACCCGCUCACCGCUUAAAGACACCGCGCGCAGCCGCGGGUCCGCCUCUAUCUGCUGCGCUCCGACCACCGCGAACGGACACCCUCCGAUCGAACCAUCAUCGGCCUCCACUCUGCAAGCCAGUCGCGACAACUACACGCAGCUACAGGUUCACAAGAUCGCCGCCUCUGUUCUCGAGCCACAUCCGUCGUGAAGCCGAUAUGCCCUUAAGGUACCAUGGAUCGAAAGAGAAGCAUCGAGAAGUACACUUUCAGGAACUCAAGUGCGAAAGAGUUGAAAGAGCUAGCAACUUUGGUUCCUAAUCCUGACAAUUUCAGAAACUGUUAUGGGAAGUUGAUCUCUAUUCUGAAGACCAAAGUGGAGAAGGGGAUUAUUGAGACUCUUGUGCAGUUUUAUGACCCGGUUUAUCACUGUUUAACCUUUAUGGAUUAUCAGCUUAUGCCCACUUUGGAGGAGUAUUCUUAUUGGAUCGGUUUGCCAGUUACAGAUGAUAUACCGUUCAAUGGUCUAGAGAAAGAUCCUAAGGCUGAUGAGAUAGCAGAGCUUCUUCACUUGAAGAUAUCAGAUGUGAAAGCAAACAUGACCAAAAAAGGAGGAAUUUGGGGGUUGACUUCUAAGUUCUUGAUUGGGAAGGCUUAUAUGUUGGCUAGUAAAGGAAGUAUGAUCGCUUUUGAGACUUUCCUGGCCUUGCUCAUCUAUGGUUUGAUACUCUUUCCCAAUGUUGACAACUUUGUCGAUGUUAAUACUAUUCGGAUAUUCACGAUUGGGAAUCAUGUGCCUACUUUGCUUGGGGAUACUUAUCAUUCUAUUCACCAUAAGACCGAUAAGAAAGGUGGACUUAUCAACUGUUGCACUCCUUUGCUCUAUAAGUGGUUUAUUUCGCACUUACCUCAAACUAAGAAUUUCUUGAGCAACCCUGACGGUCUCUUAUGGCCUCAGAAGAUCAUGCCUCUUACUAAUGGGAACAUCAAUUGGUACAAUCCUGCUUAGGACAUUGGUGAGAUUAUUGUUAGUUGCGGAGAAUUCCCUAAUGUACCUCUUCUUGGUAUAUAAUGAGGAAUUACCUACAACCCUAUUCUUGCAAGGCGUCAAUUUUGUUACCCCAUGAAGGAGCGACCUGCUAGUAUUCUUGUGUCAGGAAUCUUUUAUCAUAACAGGAUGGAGAUUCGGAUAUGAGAAAUCGGUUUGUACGUGCUUGGCACCAUAUUGAUAGGAAGAGAUUUGGGAAAUAAGCAAUGUGUUACUCUCAAAGACUACACUGAUUGGGUUCAAGCUAGAGCUCACACUCUUCAGAUGCCUUAUUUACUCGAAGAACUCUCUCUACCUGUUGCUCCAUCAUCAUCUUCCACUAUUCCCAUUGAGAGUAGUGAGGAACACCAAGAGUUCGUGGCUAGGAUGAGAAUGGAAAGAGAUACUUGGAUGAAGAAGUUUCAUGCUUCAGAAAUUGAGAAGAAAGAGUUGAAGAAACAACUGGAAGAAAAGGAUGAUAUGCUUUAUCUUCAAGAUGAUUGGUUGAUGGAGAAAGAUAAUCAGAUCCGUCGUCAGGAAGAACUACCUCAGCAACAUGGUGAAGAGAGGAAGAGACAACAAGAGGAUUUAUUUUCCUCUGGUAGUCAGGAAGAUUCGGUUGCAUGGAAGGAAGUUGCUGAUAAGCUGAUGGUUGAGAAGACUCACAUGAAAGCCUUUUAUGAAGAUGAGUUGGAGAAGCUCUGUAGGAAGCUGCAAAGAGAAGCUGGAUCUUCAUCAGAGGCGUUUCCUUCUAGUUUUUAGCUUUUCUGUUGUUUUGUAAUUUUGAACUUUGAACCUUUUGUAAGCUUUUCCAUUAUUAAUGAAAGAAUUUUACUAUGUUUUAUGUUGUGUUUUUAAUGUUUACAAUUAAUGUCUUAAAGUUCCUUGAAAACCAAAAUAUAUAUAAAUCAUUUGCAUUGCAUUUCAUGCAUCAUUCCGAGAGUAUUCUCAAUGUCUUAUUCAGUGUUCUUCAUACAGAAUCAAGCUGUCUCACCGGUAUAACACUCGAGCUAACUGCAAAAAGAAGAUGGAAGGUCUUGAACAAGAGAACAGAGAACUACGUGAAGAGGUUGUUUCUUUGAGAUCUGGGGUGGAGCGUCUCACUGCUCUAGUAGAGACAUUGAUGGCUACUCAGAAUUAGAAUCAGAAUCAGAAUCAGGUUCCUCCUCCUUCUAAUGCCCCAGCUCAAGGUCAGGCCACUGUGAUCUCUGAAAUCGCUGCUACAACAAUUCCUGUUGUUCCUGCCGCUGCUACUCCUAAUGGAUAUCCCUAGGGUAUGCCUGAAGGUUAGCUGUCUGUUCCUGAGAUGACCUGUCCUUUGACUCCUGUCAUGGUCACUACGUCUCCUAUUGUUCAUACUGGUCCUUUUGCCCCAGAGCCCAUUUAUGAUGCUGCGCCAAGUGAAGGUUUGGGUAUUCACGACAGAAUGGAUGGUUUCCAAGACCAGAUUGAAGAAUUGCAGAAAGAGAUGAAAGCCCUGCGUGGGAAAGAAUUGUUUGGAAAGAAUGUGCAUGAUCUUUGUCUUGUUCCCAAUGUGAAAGUACCUGCUAAGUUCAAGUUGCCGGAAUUCGAGAAGUAUAAGGGAAAUUCCUGUCCUCAGGCACAUCUGGUGAUGUAUGUAAGGAAGAUGUCCACUGACACUGAUGAUCAACAUCUAUUGAUCCAUUAUUUCUAAGACAGUCUGACUGGAGCUGCUUCUGAGUGGUAUAUGGGCCUUGAUAGCACCCAUAUUCGCACUUUUAAUGACCUAGCUGAGGCGUUUAUUAAGCAAUACAAGUACAAUGUGGACAUGGCUCCUGAUCGAGAUCAGUUGAGAGCUAUGAUGCAGAAAGAAAAAGAAUCCUUUAAGGAAUAUGCUCAGAGAUGGCGUGAGGUUGCCACCCAAGUGAUUCCUCCAAUGGAAGAGAAAGAGAUAACUAAGAUUUUCCUGAAGACUCUUGGUCCAUUUUACUAUGAGAAGAUGAUUGCAAGUGCUCCUGUAGACUUCACAGAAAUGGUGGGUAUGGGUGUUAGACUUGAAGAAGCUGUGCGAGAAGGUCGUCUGGUUCAGAAUGACUGUAAUACGGUGAACUGACUUUAUUCGAAAUGUACGGUAAGCAAGAGUCGCCACCGACUUUUAUUUUAUCCAAAUUAACAGAAAGGCUAAAAGAACAGGAAAAACCUUUUAAAUAAAAACUGAGUUCGGGGGGUAAUUUAUGCAAAGGAAAGGUGUAAGGCACCCUUUGCAUCCAUGGAAAACUACACAACAAAGAGAAAAUUUUAGUGUAGGCAUGAUCUUCGUAAACCCUGAUUAGGGCACAAGUUAACCCUGGUUAAUAGAAUAAAUGAAUAAAAUCAAAUUAAUUAAUUAAUUAUUGUCCGAAAUAAAAUUUUGAAAUUAAUUAAUUAUUGGCCGAAAUAAAAUUUUGAUCAAAUAUCCUAACCCUAUUGUGUAUUCUAAUCAAUUAAUAAAAAAACAUUUAUAAUUAAUUAAAUUAUUAACAAUUUAAAUUAAUUUUAAAACCUUUCAACCAAAUACAAUUAUUAUCAAUAAUUGAUAUUAAAUAAAUUAUUUUUUACUUUUGAUGUUUUUUUUUUUAAAAAAGAAAUUUAAAACAAUUUUGUUAAAGAAGUACUUUAAAAGAAUUUUGAAAACAAAUAAAAUAAACAAGCAAAAUAAAAUAAAGACAGAAAACUAUAUUAUGUAAUUAAAACAAAAAAUAAAUUUUAGAAUACUUAGCUGGUAAUCAGGUGUACCCCGCUUCUGGAGGAACAUGGUGGACCGGCUCUCCAGGACCCUUUGAUCUGACUGUAUUGGAAAUCCAAUGAUUGACGCGUGAGGGCGCGUCAUGAGACUCCAUGGAUGUUACACACAGGAUCAGGAGGCAAAUAUUUCAUAAAAAAAAAUAAGCUGGAGCGAGGGAUUGAACCCCCCCACUCACGCGUGAAGAACUUAUAUUGCUUCCAUCCGCCAUUCGUUCAUGGUUUGUUCGCUGAUAAUAACAUGAUUCACAAGCAAUAUAUUCAAAAAGUAUAAUAUUAAAAAAAAUCAAAAACGUUUUGCGCGCCCUGACCCCUAUCAUCUUCUUCGUGAGGACAAAACUUUUACCCACGGUUUCACCAUCUUCUAGCUACGGAUUUCCACCAUGGCUAAUACCUGCAACCUUCCAGUUCACGAUAUAAACCAUAUAAACCUCAAAUAAAAGCCCAGAUCAGAUAAACAUUACUCCUUAAGCGCGAUGACAUCAUCAAUUUUAAUCAAUUUGGCUUUUAUUUGUAUGGCCCCAAAUUGAAACCUAUGAACCCUAGCUAUGGUGGAAUCUUUAAUCCACAACCAAAAUCGAAUUAAACCACACAAAAGGCUUGCAAACAUCACUUUAAACACAAAUAUAUGAUCAAAACAUGUUUAUGGUGCAUAAAUUGCCAAAAUCAAAGAAUAAAAAAAUAUGCAAACCGUAAUACUCAGUACGUUCGAUUCAAGAAGCUCUGGCUAAUGGCAACGAUUCGGUUAUCUUCAGAACGGGAUCGAGAACCUUGUUUGAUGCUCGGAGUCACUUGAAUUGGCCUGGAAUUCGACCUCCUCCUUCCUCCUUGGUUACGAUUUUGUUUGCUUCUGAAUAGGGUUUCUGCAGCCUUCUUUUUUUUCUCUUUUGCAUCUGAAUGUGUUUAUGCAUAUAUAGGAGAUCAAAUCAGGUUAAAAAACUAAAUCAAAUCUCCUUAAUUUUGAUGAUUGCAAUUUGGUUUGAAUCUUGAUUUUAAGCCUUCCAAAUAUGGUCAAAUUUCAAUCUUUUCUUUCAAUCUCCAAUUGCACGAAUUUUGUAUCAAAUAUGGAGCAUUAUGGUGAUUGAUUGUAAUUGGAAUAAGAUCUUUAAUUGAAUAACUUGUGGAUCAUAUAAAAUCAUAUAAAAAUCAAAAAUUCGUGGUAAUCAAAUUUGGGGCUUUGGAUAACUUGUGGAUCAAGAUUGGAUCACAAAAAAUUGAGCCCAUUUGCAAAGAAAUCCAUUUUGGAGUCUUUUACUUCAUAUUUUUUCUCUUAAAAUGGUCAAACUUUAACAAGGCAUAUCUCCAUCAAUUUUUAAGAUAUGGAAGAGUUCUGGGACUUUUUGAAAACCUCAAGAUGUUCUCUACAAUCCACUUUGGAAGCUUUUUUUCCAUUUGAGGAUUUUAUCUUGAUGAUAUUUGCUUUGACAAAAAACUGCUUUUGGUUGACUUCAAAAAAGGACCUAUAAUCUUUUGAUCCAUAUCUCUCAAAUGAAGCAUUUUUAGACUUGGCAUGUGAGAGACAAAGUUGUAGAGAAUUCAAUUUCCUUCAAAAUGAGCUUUGUAUGGGAAAUUUUUGAUGUUCCAUGUGGGAGUUAUGGCUGGUCAAAGUUCAGUUAACUUUCUCCUAUGAAAACCCUAAUUAAGAAACUUUUGAAAUUGUUGAUUUCUGAUCUUUCCUUGAUGAACCAUGAUCAAUUCUUGAUCAAAUGGUGAAUGAUACUUCAAAAUAAGGUUGUUGACAAAAAUCAGGAGUUUUGACUGUACUUUGACCACAAUUGACUUUUAGGUCAACUAGUCGACUGUUGACCAUUUGAACUUUUGACAGAGCAAUCUUGUGAAUCAGAGCUCGAAACUUGGCAUUAGGAUAGUAUGAGUCAUAUGGAGGCCAUGGGGUCCAUUUGAGGCGUCAGAAGUUGACUUCUCCUUGAGAAGAACAAAACCCUAGUUGGAGGGUAGUUGACUAGGAGAGUGUGCAUCCAGUCAAGUAUUGAGACUUUGAUAUUCAAGUGAGUUUAAGUAUGAAAAUGUGGUGGGCAAAUUUUGGGGUAUGACAAUGACAAUCCGUCCGGUGGUGCGAAGAAGUAUGGUUCUUCUUUCCAAAAGAAGAAGGAAUCAGAUGCUAAUGCUGUUUCUCAUGGAAGGAAUAGCCGAUCCAGAAGUCAACCUCAACAAGUGGCGUCAGUGACUCCUGUUGUGAAUUCAGUGCCUAUAGCUCCUACUAAUCAACAGCCAGCAAGGCGGAAUCCGUAUCCUCGAGUUAAUUUUGAUCCUAUCCCCAUGACAAACACAUAAUUGUAUCAUGCUCUAAUUCAUAAGAAGUUGGUUCAACCAAGGUCACCGCCUCCUGUUCCAGAGAAACUCCCUUGGUGGUACAAAGCUGAUGCUGUAACACCCGAGGCCGAAGAAGGCGAGGGGUGGUUGCACCGCAUGGAACACUUGAGGCCGAAGAGGGCAAUGGUGGUCGCCACAUCGGAAUGAGAGGGAUCCUAAGGCUGUGCAGGGAUGAGACUGCAUGGUUGAAAGAUGUCUUAUAAGGAUUAAUAGGUACUACCUAUACCAACAAGAUGCAUCUUCUUUUCGGUAGCUCAUUCCAUAAGAACUCCACAGUUAAGCGUGCUUGACUUGGAGUAGUAUUGGGAUGGGUGACCUUCUGGGAAGUUUCCCGGAAAGCGUGUGAGUGAGGUCAAAGCAUGCUGAAAAGACUCGUGUUGGUUUGUGGGGUCAGUCGAUCACCCCGAAAGCAGUCUGGGGCGUAUCAAAUGGUAUCAGAGCCAGACCUCUCCCAGUACGAUAUGGUUCGAGGACGAACCAUGCAGAAGCUGGUGGGCAUGUAACACCUGAGGCCGAAGAAGGCGAGAGGUGGUUGCACCGCAUGGAACACUUGAGGCCGAAGAGGGCAAUGGUGGUCGCCACAUCGGAAUGAGAGGGAUCCUAAGGCUGUGCAGGGAUGAGACUGCAUGGUUGAAAGAUGUCUUAUAAGGAUUGAUAGGUACUACCUGUUAGAACAAGAUUUGUUCUGAUCAAUAUUCUUAGUUUUGAUGAUAACAAGGAUAUGAAUUUUGUGUAAGAUAAUGUGGUACUCUAAUACACUGCAAUUUCCCUUUCAGGAAAUAUAUAAAGAGUAUGCACAAAUCAGCGCUCAGAAGCUUUGACUCAGAAGGUUCAGCAUGCAACAUCAGAACAUGGUCUGGCAAGACAUCAGAAGAUGGUCAAAGCAGAAUCAGAACAUGGGUCUAUGGAAGCAUCAGAAGAACUUGAGAUCAGAAUCAGAAGCACUGAAGUUCUCAUGGUAUCACGCUCAGAAGCACUUCAAGGUCAGAAGACAAGAAGAUGCUAUGCACCAAGCUGUUUGACUCUGAUGAUAUUCAAAUGUUGUAUACACAAACAUCAGAUCAGAAGCAAGUACAAGUGGCAGGCUACGCUGACUGACAAAAGGAACGUUAGAAGCUAUUAAAGGCAACGUCAGUAGACACAGCGCGAACAAGGCUCGAGGUAGUUGACAAAAGAGUGAAACAUUAAAUGCAAUGCUGUACGGAAUACGCAAAGCAUUAAAUGCUCCCAACGGUCAUCUUCUCAAGUGCCUAUAAAUAUGAAGUUCUGAUGAGAAGCAAGGUUACCAAUUCUGAACGAACUUAUUCUGAAAAACUUGCUGAAACGCUGUUCAACUCAAAGCUCAGAAACUUCAUCUUCAUCAAAACUCACUACAUUGCUGUUGUAAUAUAUUAGUGAGAUUAAGCUUAAACUGUAAGAGAAAUAUCACUGUUGUGAUUAUAGCUUUUCAGAAGCAUUGUAAAACUCUUAUUUGAUUACAUUAAUUUGUAAGUAACUAGAGUGAUCAAGUGUUGAUCAGGAUACUCUAGGAAGUCUUAGCUUGUGUCUAAGCAGUUGUAAUUACAGUGAUCACGUGGUGGUCAAGAUACUCUAAGAAAGUCUUAGCUUGUGUCUAAGCGUUUGUUCCUGGAGUGAUCAGGUUGUGAUCAGGAUACUCUAGAAGACUUAGUCGUGGGCUAAGUGGAAAACCAUUGUAAUCUGUUGCGAUUAGUGGAUUAAAUCCUCAGGUGAGGUAAAUCACUCCGUGGGGGUGGACUGGAGUAGUUUAGUUAACAACGAACCAGGAUAAAAAUAACUGUGCAAAUUGUUUUUAUCGUUCAAGUUUUUAGACUACACUUAUUCAAACCCCCCCUUUCUAAGUGUUUUUCUAUCCUUCAGUUGGCAUCAGAGCACCGGUUCUAAGGUGCAAGCACUUAACCGUGUUUAGAAAAGAUUCAGGAAGAGAAAAACGCUUCAAUAAAAGAUGGCUGGUGAAAUUCCAACAGAUCCACCUGCAUCUACAUCUGGCUCUGCUGAGCAAUACAAUGGUAACAAUGGUUAUACUAGACCACCAGUAUUUGAUGGUGAAAACUUUGAAUACUGGAAAGAUAAACUGGAAAGUUACUUUCUUGGUCUAGAUGGUGAACUAUGGGAUCUUCUGAUGGAUGGUUACAAACAUCCAGUGAAAGCUAGUGGCGUAAGGCUUACAAGGCAAGAAAUGAAUGAUGAUCAGAAGAAGCUUUUCAAGAAUCAUCAUAAAUGUAGAACUGUUUUGCUGAAAGCUAUCUCUCAUGCUGAGUAUGAGAAGAUAUCUAACAGGGAAACGACCUAUGAUAUAUAUGAGUCAUUGAAAAUGACCCAUGAGGGAAAUGCUCAAGUCAAGGAGACUAAAGCUCUUGCUCUAAUCCAGAGAUAUGAAGCCUUCAAGAUGGAGGAUGAUGAAAACAUUGAGAGGAUGUUCUCAAGAUUUCAAACGCUAACUGCUGGAUUAAGAGUUCUGGAUAAAGGCUACACCAAGGCUGAUCAUGUAAAGAAGAUUAUCAGAAGCUUACCCAGAAGAUGGGGUCCAAUGGUAACAGCAUUCAAGAUUGCAAAGAAUCUGAAUGAAGUUUCUUUGGAAGAGCUUAUCAGUGCCUUGAGAAGCCAUGAAAUAGAGCUGGACGCAAACGAGCCUCAAAAGAAAGGUAAGUCUAUUGCAUUAAAAUCUAAUGUUAAAAAAUGCACUAACGCUUUUCAGGCUAAAGAAGAAGAUUCUGAAGAAUCAGAAUCAGAAGAAGAAGAUGAACUGUCCAUGAUCUCCAGAAGGGUAAACCAACUCUGGAAGAGCAAGCAAAGGAAGUUCAGAGGCUUCAGAAGUUCAAAGAGAUUUGAACGAGGAGAAUCUUCUGGUGACAGAAGAUCUGACAAGAAGAAGGCUGUCUGCUAUGAGUGCAAUGAGCCUGGACAUUACAAGAACGAGUGUCCAAAACUUUAGAAGGAGAAUCCCAAGAAGAAGUUUCAUAAGAAGAAAGGUCUUAUGGCAACAUGGGAUGAUUCUUAAUCAGAAUCAGAAUCAGACUCUGAAGGAGAGCAAGCCAACUUCGCGCUGAUGGCUACAGAAGAUGAUGGAUCAGAAUCUACAUCAGAAUCAGAUUCUGAAGAGGUAUUUUCUGAACUAUCUAGAGAAGAGUUAGUUUUCAGUUUAACAGAACUUCUGGAACUCAAGGCUCAUCUUAGUAUCAAAUACAAAAAGCUGAAAAAGCAGUUUGAGUUUGAAACUAAGAAGCUGGAAUUGGAAAAUUCUGAACUGAAGGAAAAAGUUUUAAAUCUAUCCAAAGAUAGUGGAUCUCCUUCUGAAACAAAAAAAAUCCAUUCCUAGUAUGAAUCAUAUUCUGAAAGAAUAUGACCCGAGCUUCAGAAAGUUCUUAUCUUGAAGUAUUGGCAGAAGUCAUCUUGCUUCUAUGAUAUAUGGUGUUUAUGGAAACAGAAGGUUUGGUUUUGGCUAUGAGGGUGAUACCUCACAUAAGUUUGAACCUGUUGAUGAUCUGAAGAUCACAUACAAGCCAUUGUAUGAUCAGUUCAAAUAUGGCCAUGCACAUGAUAUUAGGCUCACUUCACAUGCACAAAGCUUUAACACUGUUCACACCAAGAAGCAUGUGACACAUCCUAAGAAAUAUCAUGCUGACAAACCUAAAGAAUAUCAUGCUGUUCCUCCUGUUAAAUAUUUUGCUAAACCCAAGUUCAAUCAGAACUUGAGGAGAACUAACAAGAAAGGACCCAAGAAAUUGUGGGUACCUAAGGAGAAGAUAAUUUCUGUUGCAGAUAUCCUUGGCGGAAAAGAGGACAAAAAGCAAAAUGUCAUGGUACCUGGACUCUGGGUGCUCGCGACACAUGACGGGAAGAAGGUCUACAUUCCAAGACUUGGUGCUUAAACCAGAUGGAGAAGUCAAGUUUGGAGGAGAUCAGAAGGGCAAAAUCAUUGGCUCUGGAACCAUAAGUCUCGGUAACUCUCCUUCCAUAACUAAUGUACUUCUUGUAGAAGGAUUAACGCAUAACUUAUUGUCCAUAAGUCAAUUAAGUGACAAUGGUUAUGAUAUAAUCUUCAAUCAAAAGUCUUGCAAGGCUGUAAGUCAGAAGGAUGACUCAAUCCUAUUUACAGGCAAGAGAAAGAACAACAUUUAUAAGAUUGAUCUUUCUGAUCUUGAGAAGCAGAAGGUGACUUGUCUUAUGUCUGUUUCUGAGGAGCAAUGGGUCUGGCACAGAAGAUUAGGACAUGCUAGUUUGAGAAAGAUUUCUCAGAUUAACAAACUAAAUCUGGUCAGAGAACUCCCAAAUCUGAAAUACAAAUCAGAUGCUCUUUAUGAAGCAUGUCAGAAGGGCAAGUUCUCCAAACCUGCAUUCAAGUCUAAGAAUGUUGUGUCUACCUCAAGGCCGUUAGAACUCUUGCACAUUGAUCUGUUUGGCCCAGUCAAAACAGCAUCUGUCAGAGGGAAGAAAUAUGGAUUAGUCAUUGUUGAUGAUUAUAGCCGCUGGACAUGGGUAAAGUUCUUAAAACACAAGGAUGAGUCUCAUUCAGUGUUCUUUGAAUUCUGCACUCAGAUCCAAUCUGAGAAGGAGUGCAAGAUCAUAAAGGUCAGAAGUGAUCAUGGUGGCGAAUUUGAGAACAGAUUCUUUGAGGAGUUCUUCAAAGAAAAUGGUAUUGCCCAUGAUUUCUCUUGUCAUAGAACUCCACAGCAAAAUGGAGUUGUAGAGCGAAAGAAUAGGACUCUACAAGAAAUGGCCAGAACCAUGAUCAAAUGAAACCAAUAUGGUUAAGCAUUUCUGGGAAGAAGCAAUAAACACUGCGUGUUAUAUUCAGAAUAGAAUCUCUAUCAGACCUAUUCUAAAUAAGACUCCUUAUGAAUUGUGGAAGAACAGAAAGCCCAACAUUUCAUAUUUCCAUCCUUUUGGAUGUGUAUGUUUUAUUCUGAAUACUAAAGAUCAUCUUGGUAAGUGUGAUUCUAAAGCACAAAAGUGUUUCCUUCUUGGAUAUUCUGAACGCUCUAAAGGCUACAGAGUAUACAAUACUGAAACAUUGAUUGUAGAAGAAUCAAUCAAUAUCAGGUUUGAUGAUAAGCUUGGUCUUGAAAAACCAAAGCAGUUUGAGAAUUUUGCAGAUAUAGAUAUUGAUAUAUCAGAAGCAGUAGAACCAAGAAGCAAAGCUGCAGAAGCUGAUAGUCUCAGAAGCAAUGGAUCAGAAGAUCAAGUUGCUGCAUCUUUAGAGAAUCUCAGGAUUUCUGAAGAGCCAACAGUCAGAAGAUCACCUAGACUUGCAUCAGCUCAUUCAGAAGAUGUGAUCCUUGGGAAGAAAGACGAUCCCAUUAGAACAAGGGCAUUCCUUAAGAACAAUGCAGACUGUCAAUUAGGUCUUGUUUCUUUGAUCGAGCCAACUUCUGUUGAUCAAGCUCUAGAAGAUCCAGACUGGAUAAUUGCCAUGCAAGAAGAACUCAAUCAGUUUACAAGGAAUGAUGUAUGGGACUUGGUUCCUAGACCAAAAGGAUUUAACAUCAUCGGCACUAAUUGGGUAUUCAGAAACAAGCUAAGCGAAAAGGGAGAAGUGGUAAGAAACAAAGCCAGACUGGUUGCUCAGGGCUAUAGUCAGCAAGAAGGGAUUGACUACACAAAAACCUUUGCACCAGUGGCCAGGUUAGAAUCUAUUCGUCUAUUAAUUUAUUUUGCCACUCAACACAACAUCACUCUUUAUCAGAUGGAUGUCAAGAGUGCCUUCUUAAAUGGUUAUAUAGAUGAAGAAGUUUAUGUCCAUCAACCUCCUGGUUUUGAAGACUCCAAGUCUCCAAAUCAUGUUUUUAAAUUAAAGAAAUCAUUAUACGGAUUGAAGUAAGCUCCUAGAGCUUGGUAUGAACGUUUAAGUUCUUUCCUUCUGGAAAAUGGUUUCACUCGAGGAAAAGUGGAAACUACUCUCUUUUGUAAAACCUUUAAAAAGGAUAUUUUAAUCUGUCAAAUAUAUGUUGAUGAUAUCAUUUUUGGAACAUCUAAUGCUACACUUGGAAAGGAGUUUGCUGAGUCUAUGCAGGCUGAAUUUGAAAUGAGCAUGAUGGGAGAACUCAAGUAUUUCCUUGGGAUUCAAAUCAACCAAACGUCUGAUAGAACCUAUGUUCAUCAAACGAAGUAUGUGAAAGAACUUCUGAAGAAGUUUAAUCUUUCUGAAAGCAAAGAAGCCAAAACUCAUAUGCAUCCAACAUGUGUCCUAGGUAAGGAUGAAGUAAGUAAGAAGGUAGAUCAGAAGUUGUACAGAGGUAUGAUUGGAUCUCUUCUAUACCUAACUGCUUCUAGACCUGACAUUCUCUUCAGUGUUUGUUUGUGUGCUAGAUUCCAAUCAGAUCCAAGAGAAUCUCAUUUAACUGCUGUUAAGAGAAUUUUGAGGUAUCUGAAAGGUACUACUAAUGUUGGUUUAGUCUACAGAAGAUCCAAAGAAUACAACUUAGUAGGAUUCUGUGAUGCUGACUAUGCUGGAGAUAGAAUUGAAAGGAAGAGCACUUCUGGAAGUUGUCAAUUUCUUGGAAGUCAUCUGAUCUCAUGGUACAGCAAGAAGCAAGCUACUAUUGCCCUCUCAACAACAGAAGCAGAAUAUGUUGCUGCUGCUGGUUGUAGCACCCAAAUGCUCUGGAUGAGAAGUCAGCUAGAAGAUUAUCAGAUAUAUGAGAGUAACAUUCCUAUUUUCUGUGAUAAUACUUCUGCUAUAUGUUUAUCUAAGAAUCCUAUCUUACAUUCAAAAGCUAAACAUAUUGAGAUUAAACAUCAUUUCAUAAGGGACUAUGUUCAAAAGGGCGUUAUAUCUUUAAACUUUGUGGAUACAGACCAUUAAUGGGCUGAUAUCUUUACAAAACCCCUUGCUGAAGAUAGGUUUAAGUUCAUUCUGAAGAAUAUCAGUAUGGACUUGUGCCCAAAAUGAGAAGAUGAGAAGAUCUUUGUAUGAGUAUCUUCUGAAAUAUGGUAAGACUAGGCAGCCAUAAGAAGUUCUGAGUUUAAUCAAUUAGAAGUAAUGAUCCUGUUAUUACUAACGUUUCAUUGUCUAAGUUGAUUCAGAAGCUCUUUUAAAGCAAAACAGAUGUCACCAGUCUCUCCAGAAAAUGAACACGUAUUCACGUAUCUCUGGAAAAGCAUGCGUGCAGUUGAGGGGACGCCUACUUAGGUAACUGUGCUAAUCACUUCAUUUGUCAUAAGUCUCUCUCCUCAUGUCACGUAACAUUAAAUGCCAUUCAUCAUUUCAGUUUAUUUCUUUUUCUUUUUAUACUCUUCAAACGUUUCAUUUCCCUCUUAUAUUUCUCUCUCUUGCAUUCAGUUUUUUUUUCUCGCUCUCUCUCUCUCUCUCUCUCUCUCUUUGCAUUCAUAUCAUAAACCCUAGCGGUUUCCUCUAUCUGCAAAGUCACCAUGAAUCCUUCGUCAAGCUCAUCAAAUCAAGAAACUGAUCGCAAACAAAAGAGAAAGGCAACUGAUGAACCCUUCUGAAAGCGCUCCUCACAUGGUCUUUCCAGAAGUGGUUUAUCCUGCAGAAGUUGCUGGUCCAACUCCUCCAACAAACCUUGCUGCUAUUCUUCAGGCGUUGGAAGUUGGAGCUUCUAAGUUGCCCGAACCAGAAUAUGCUGAGGCUGCUUCUGAGUCAGACUCAGAUGUUGAGAUGGAAGGUGCAGAAGCUGAAGACCUUCCAGAAGAUCGCCCUGCUGAGAUUGCUGUCCCUGUUGGCAGAAGUUCUGGCGCUUCUUCAUCUGGUGAACCUUCUCGUUUGGACACGCAAGAAGCAACCAAUGCUGAGUUUCUCUCCUUCAUGGCAAGGCAAACGGCAAGCACUGACAGGAUUCAUGACAUACUGGCGCAGAUCUUGUCGAAGCUAGGGUCAUCUUAGAUUGAGUCUUAAUUGUUUUGUUUUCGUUUUUUGCUUUGCUGCAUCUGUUUUGUGCAUCUUCUCUUGCUUAUCCUCUUGUACUUCUGUACUUCUGUCUUCUUGAGCCUAAAUGAAAGUUAUCUUUUUCUUCCAUCUGUUUCCUUUUGUUUUUCAUCUGAAUCUUUUAUGUUUUUGAUGUUAUGACAAAAAGGGGGAGAAAAUGUGAUAAAUGAUCUGAUUAAUAUAUUAUCAGUUACCGGGUAAAAAGGCCCCACAUUACUAACAGAACUUGCAAAGCUCUAUGCUUUAAGUUGUGUUGUUGCAGGAAUUGAAGAUUCUCUUUAAAAGAUCAACAUAAGAAGCAACAAGAUGAAUCAAGCUCUUGGAUUCUUGAAGCAAGCUGAGUGCUAUAAAGCUUCAGGAUCAGAAGCAAGAAGGAAGAAUGUUCAGAUAUUCUGAUGAUAGAAUAUGAUCUGAAACAUUAUGUCUAUUUGUUCUGAUACAUUUUAUAUGGAUCUGAUACAUUUUAUAUGGCUCUGAUACAUAUUAUAUGUUCUAACUCAUUCAUGCUGACUUUUGUCGUUUAGCGUUGUUCUGUAACAUUUCAGGAUGUAGAGAUGCUCUGAUGAUGCUCUGGUACAUUCAACAAUGUUCUGAUACAAUCUAGCAUGAAGUGAUGAAAGAAGAAAUUCAAGUUCUGAAGCUGUCCUGAUGGAAGCAAGAAUCAGAAGCUGUGAAUGUUCUGAAGAUCAAAGAAAUUCAAGUUCUGAAGCUGUCCGAUGGAAGCAAGAAUCAGAAGCUGUGAAUGUUCUGAAGAUCAAAGAAAUUCAAGUUCUGAAGCUGUCCGAUGGAAGCAGGAAUCAGAAGCUGUGAAUGUUCUGAAGAUCAAGCAUAUGUGAACGUCUCUACUGAAAUACUCAGGGAAGUCUUUUAUUUAUAAAAUUCUUCUAGUAUUAAUUUCAGGGGGAGAUUAUUCAUCUCAGGGGGAGAUUGUAAAUCUCAGGGGGAGACAUAUUCACAUGCUUAUGCUUUAGCUGUGUAAUUGUCUUUAGCCGUCUGCUCUUUCUGAUCGCAAAUUCAUAUCAUUUAUAUAUGUUUUUGUCAUCAUCAAAAAGGAGGAGAUUGUUAGAACAAGAUUUGUUCUGAUCAAUAUUCUUAGUUUUGAUGAUAACAAGGAUAUGAAUUUUGUGUAAGAUAAUGUGGUACUCUAAUACACUGCAAUUUCCCUUUCAGGAAAUAUAUAAAGAGUAUGCACAAAUCAGCGCUCAGAAGCUUUGACUCAGAAGGUUCAGCAUGCAACAUCAGAACAUGGUAUGGCAAGACAUUAGAAGAUGGUCAAAGCAGAAUCAGAACAUGGGUCUAUGGAAGCAUCAGAAGAACUUGAGAUCAGAAGCAGAAGCACUGAAGUUCUCAUGGUAUCACGCUCAGAAGCACUUCAAGGUCAGAAGACAAGAAGAUGCUAUGCACCAAGCUGUUUGACUCUGAUGAUAUUCAAACGUUGUAUACACAAACAUCAGAUCAGAAGCAAGUACAAGUGGCAGGCUACGCUGACUGACAAAAGGAACGUUAUAAGCUAUUAAAAGCAACGUUAGUAGACACAGCGUGAACAAGGCUCGAGGUAGUUGACAAAAGAGUGAAACAUUAAAUGCAAUGCUGUACGGAAUACGCAAAGCAUUAAAUGCUCCCAACGGUCAUCUUCUCAAGUGCCUAUAAAUAUGAAGUUUUGAUGAGAAGCAAGGUUACCAAUUCUGAACGAACUUAUUCUGAAAAACUUGCUGAAACGCUGUUCAACUCAAAGCUCAGAAACUUCAUCUUCAUCAAAACUCACUACAUUGCUGUUGUAAUAUAUUAGUGAGAUUAAGCUUAAACUGUAAGAGAAAUAUCACUGUUGUGAUUAUAGCUUUUCAGAAGCAUUGUAAAACUCUUAUUUGAUUACAUUAAUUUGUAACUAACUAGAGUGAUCAAGUGUUGAUCAGGAUACUCUAGGAAGUCUUAGCUUGUGUCUAAGCAGUUGUAAUUAGAGUGAUCACGUGGUGGUCAGGAUACUCUAAGAAAGUCUUAGCUUGUGUCUAAGCAUUUGUUCCUGGAGUGAUCAGGUUGUGAUCAGGAUACUCUAGAAGACUUAGUCGUGGGCUAAGUGGAAAACCAUUGUAAUCUGUUGCGAUUAGUGGAUUAAAUCCUCAGGUGAGGUAAAUCACUCUGUGGGGGUGGACUGGAGUAGUUUAGUUAACAACAAACCAGGAUAAAAAUAACUGUGCAAAUUGUUUUUAUCGUUCAAGUUUUUAGACUACACUUAUUCAAACCCCCCUUUCUAAGUGUUUUUCUAUCCUUCACUACCUAUACCAACAAGAUGCAUCUUCUUUUCGGUAGCUCAUUCCAUAAGAACUCCACAGUUAAGCGUGCUUGACUUGGAGUAGUAUUGGGAUGGGUGACCUUCUGGGAAGUUUCCCGGAAAGCGUGUGAGUGAGGUCAAAGCAUGCUGAAAAGACUCGUGUUGGUUUGUGGGGUCAGUCGAUCACCCCGAAAGCAGUCUGGGGCGUAUCAGAUGCCACUUGUGCUUUUCAUCAGAAUGCCCCUGGGCAUGAUUUAGAGAAUUGCUGGCCUCUAAAGAAUGAAGUUCAGAGAUUGGUUCGUUCUGGUAUGCUUUCCUUCCGUGACAUUGGUCCUAAUAUGCAAAAUAAUCCAUUGCCGCCUCAUGAAGCGUCUGCUGUCAAUAUGGUUGAACAUAGUUUGAGACACUGCCGUGUGCCUGAUAUUUGUGCUCUACGUGGAUCUUUGAAAGAGAUAAAUGAGAGGUUUGUUAGAAAAGGAGUGAUCUAUUUUAGUCAUGAUGGUUGUCCCUUGUGUGGUGAAGAUCCUAUGGGAUGUGAUGCCCUCCAAGAUGAUGUUCAAACACUGAUAGGUUUGGAACUAUUGGAUGACGAGAUAGACAAUACUUAUAUAGAUCAUAAGUUGCAUUUGGAUCAGUUUAAUAGGGUUGUGAGUAAUAUUACUGCAUGUAACAAUUUGAGCUUCAGCGAUGAAGAUUUGCCCGAGGAAGGAAGAAAUCAUAAUUUGGCUCUACACAUCUCUGUUGGUUGCGAAGAGGAUUCGAUGUCUAAUGUGUUGAUUGAUACUGGUUCAUCGUUGAAUGUUAUGCCGAAAUCCACUCUUGCUAAGUUGUCUUAUGGAGGCACACCAAUGAGAUAUAGCAAUGUGAUUGUGAAGGCUUUUGAUGGAUCGAAGAAGUCAGUGGUUAGGGAAGUUGAUUUGCCCAUUUGUGUUGGUCCGUUUGUCUUCAAGAUUACUUUUCAAGUGAUGGACAUUUUUCCAGCAUACAAUUGUUUGUUGGGACGCCCAUGGAUCCACGAAGCUGGGGCAGUUACUUCGACUCUUCACCAGAAGUUGAAAUUUGUGAAAGAUGGAAAGAUGGUUGUCGUGAAUGGAGAACAAGUUUUGCUGAUUAGUCAUCUCUCUUCGUUCCGUGCUAUAUAAGCCGAUGAAGUAGUCAUUGGAACCGCGUUCCAAGCCCUGUCUGUUAAUGAUGAAUUCAAGAAGGAUGAAGCUUCCAUUGCCUCUUUCAAAGAUGCUCAGCUGGUGGUUCAGAACGGGCAUUCAGGAGUAUGGAGACAAGUGGUGAGUCUACAAGAUAACAAGAAUAGAACUGGUCUGGGAUUUUCUGCUUCAAACAAGUCUGUUAUAAUCUGCUUUUCGCCCUUAUCAAGAGAUAUUUCAUAGUGCUGGGUUCCUACAUCCGACUCCUCCAGAGGUGGAUGCUAUUAUUGAAGAUGAAUCAGAGCCAGAGAUGCCAAACUUUGUGAUCCAUGGAAAGAUGAUCAAGAAUUGGAUCACCAUUGAUGUUCCUGAUUGUACUCAUGUUUCAAAGUAAUUUGUUUUUAUGUUUUUCAAAAAAUCUUUUCAUUCUGCCCAAGAUGAAAGUGAAGUUGUUGGGGUUUUUUCUGUCUGUUUCAAACAUUAAAAUCAUCAAUAAAAGUCAUUUUGUUUCUGCAUAUAUAUGCUUUUUAUCUUUUUGCUUUUUCUGGAAAGUGGUAACACAAAAAACCUUAAAAAUAUGUUUUCAUUUGCCAUAAUCUGCACGAUUACAUGUUUGCAUAUAUCUUUCCUUUUCCUGAAAUAAUAAUCACUUGUGCAUAUUAAUCAAUAAAACCGUUGAAAGUAAUGACCCUGCACCCUCUUCCAACUUCGAGUGUCUUGUGUAUGAGGCGGAAGGAGAAAGUGAUGAAUGUAUUCCUGAUGAGAUUUCCCGACUGCUUGAGCACGAGGAAGACACCAUUCAGCCAUAUUAAGAGCCGAUAGAAGUCAUCAACUUGGGUUCUGAAGAGGAUAAGAAGGAAGUCGAGAUUAGGGCACUUCUUGGUCAAGAUGUUAAGAAGAGGAUUUAGAGCUUCUUAAAAAGUAUGUUGACAUUUUUGCAUGGUCCUACCAAGGUAUGCCUGGGUUGGACACAGAUAUUGUGGAGCAUCAUUUGCCGUUGAAACCUGAAUGCCCUCAUGUCAAGCAAAAGCUAAGAAGAAGUCAUCCCAAUAUGGUGGAGAAGAUUAAGAAUGAGGUUUUGAAGCAGAUAGAUGCAGGUUUCCUUGUCACUUCUGUAUAUCCUCAAUGGAUUGCCAAUAUUGUGCCUGUUCCGAAGAAAGACGGAAAAGUUCGCAUGUGUGUUGAUUAUAGAGAUUUGAAUAAAGCCAGUCCAAAAGAUGAUUUUCAUCUACCUCACAUUGAUAUGUUGGUAGAUAGCUCGACAAAGUUCGAGGUUUUCUCUUCAUGGAUGGUUUUUCAGGAUACAACCAAAUUAAGAUGGCACUCGAAGACAUGGAAAGACAACAUUUAUUACGCCAUGGGGAAAAUUCUGUUACAAAGUAAUGCCUUUUGGGUUGAAGAAUGAUGGCGCGACGUAUCAGAGGGCCAUGACCAUUCUUUUCCAUGAUAUGAUGCACAAAGAGAUUGAGGUUUAUGUGGAUGACAUGAUUGCCAAGUCCCAGUCAGAGAAGGGGCACAUUGAGGAUCUUUUAAAGUUGUUUCAGCGUUUGAGGAAGUAUCGUCUCCGCGUGAAUCCAAACAAAUGAACUUUUGGAGUCCGUUCCGGAAAAUUAUUGGGUUUUGUUGUUAGUCAGAAAGGAAUCGAAGUAGAUCCUGACAAAGUCAAAGCAAUUCAGGAAAUGCCAGCGCCAAAGACUGAGAAACAAGUGAGAGGCUUCCUCGGACGUUUGAAUUAUAUCUCCAUAUUCAUUUCCAAUAUGACUGCUACCUGUGAGCCAAUUUUCAAGUUGUUAAAGAAAAAUCAGGGAUGUGAGUGGAAUGAAGAUUGUUAGAAAGCUUUUGAUAGUAUCAAAAAUAUCUGCUUGAACCUCCCAUUUUGCUUUCCCUAGUUGAAGAAAGACCUUUGAUUAUAUACCUCACAGUGCUUGAGAAUUCAAUGGGAUGUGUGUUGGAUCAACAUGACGAGUCUGGUCGAAAAGAGUAUGCAAUAUACUACCUUAGCAAAAAGUUUACCGAGUGCGAAACAAGAUACUCACUGCUUGAGAAAACUUGCUGUUCUUUGGUGUGGGCUGCUCGCCGACUGAGAUAGUAUAUGUUGAAUCACACCACCCUAUUGAUUUCCAAAAUGGAUCCGAUUAAGUAAAUAUUUGAAAAACCUGCACUAACCGGAAGGAUUACUCGCUGGCAAAUGUUGCUAUCUGAAUAUGAUAUUGAAUACCGAGCUCAAAAAGCUGUGAAAGGAUGUGUGUUGGCAGAAUACCUUGCUCACCAACCAAUUGAUGAUCAUCAAUCUAUCAGAAUGGACUUCCCGGAUGAGGAUGUGAUGUAUUUAAGAUCUCUAGAUUGUGAUGAACCGUUGCCAGAAGAAGGACCAGAGCCUGGAUCUAAAUGGGGUUUAAUUUUUGAUGGAGCUUCUAAUAUUCAUGGUCAUGGUAUUGGUGCUGUAAUUAUUACCCCGCAAGGUUCACAUAUUCCUUUCACUGCAAGGAUAUGUUUUGAUUGUACACAUAAUAUUGCUGAAUAUGAAUCUUACAUCAUGGGACUUGAAGAAGCCAUUGAUCAGAGAAUUAAGAUUCUUGAUGUUUAUGGAGAUUUUGCACUUGCGAUUAAUCAGAUUAAAGGAGAAUGUGAAACGCGUCAUCCUGGCUUGAUCCCUUACAAAGAUUACGCCAGAAGGCUGUUGACAUUCUUUAACAAAGUUGAAUUCCACCACAUCCCUCGAGAUGAGAAUCAGAUGGCUGAUGCAUUGGCCACAUUGUCUUCCAUGUACAAAGUGAAUUUCCAUAAUGAGGAGCCUCAAAUUACAAUCAGGCGUCUUGAUAGACCUGCUCAUGUAUUUGCAGUUGAGGAAUUAACAGAUGAGAAGCCUUGGUAUUUCGAUAUUAAACAUUUCCUUCAGACCCAAGAGUACCCACUUAGGGCAUCAAAAAAGCAUAAGAAGACUUUGAGGAGAUUGGCUGGCAGUUUUUUCAUCAAUGCGGAUGUUUUGUAUAAAAGAAAUUAUGACAUGGUCCUGCUUAGAUGCGUGGAUAGACACGAAGUAGACAUGUUGAUGCAUGAAAUUCAUGAAGGUUCUUUUGGUACUCAUGCCAAUGGACAUUUGAUGGCUAAAAAGAUGCUUAGAGCAGGUUACUAUUGGCUGACAAUGGAAUCUGAUUGCUACAAGUUUGUAAAGGAGUGUCACAAGUGUCAAGUGUAUGCUGACAAAAUUCAUGUGCCUCAAACACUUCUCAAUGUUAUUUCCUCUCUAUGGCCUUUCUCUAUGUGGGGUAUUGAUAUCAUUAACAUGAUUGAACCCAAGGCUUCGAACGGACAUCGAUUCAUCCUGGUAGCAAUUGAUUACUUUACCAAAUGGGUAGAAGCCACUUCAUAUGCUAAUGCGACAAGGCAAGUUGUGGUCAUAUUUAUCAAGAACAACAUCAUCUGCAGAUAUGGUGUACCAAGCAAGAUCAUUACUGAUAACAGCUAAAAUCUGAAUAACAGUAUGAUGAGAGAAUUGUGUGAAAGCUUCAAGAUUGAACAUCACAACUCUUCGCCUUAUAGGCCAAAGAUGAAUGGAGCUGUUGAAGCAGCAAAUAAGAAUAUUAAAAAGAUUGUUCAAAAGAUGGUUGUUACGUACAAGUACUGGCAUGAGAUUGUCGCGCGCUCGGUUUUUUGCCAUACCUCUCGCGGAGAGAUACGCGAACUGACUCUUUUUGUUUCUGCUUUUGUGUUUGAAAAUCAGAGAGUCGCCACCGACCUUUUAUUUUAUCCAAUUAAGGAAAGGUUUAUAAAAGAAACAGAAAAAAGACCUUUAAGAAAUUCUGGGUAAGGGGGUAGGUUAUACAAAGGAAAGGUGUUAGCACCCUUUGUAUCCAUGGUUAUCCAUGGGCUCUUUAAUUUGCUUAGCUCACUUGUUUUCAAUUGCUUUUAAAUGCUCGUGUGUGGUUUCAAAUACCUUUGUAAAUUGAAUUUGUAAUGAUCCUUGUGCGGAUGUAUACAAAGUGUUUUUAUCUUUCAAAAGAUGCUUUGGAAAAAAGAGUGUUAACUUCGUAAUGAUCCUUGUUUGGAUAUAUACAAAGUAUUGUCUUUUUGAAAGUUUUAUUUUGAAAAAAAAACAAUGAUAUAUGAGAGAUUUGUUUGUUUUGAUUUGAGCAAGCAAAUUAGGAGGUCUACCCUGAGUUAUAAGGUCUUUAUCCUAUUUCCUUUAAAAAUCUAUCCUUUCACCGGAUAUAAACAAAAGUUCGAUUUUGGGUUUGAAAUAAUAGAAUUUGAUUUUGAUUUUGAAAAGAAUGAGAAAGGGAUUACCCUAAGAGGUGCAAGUGUGAUUGUGUUUGGAUUCAGAUAUUUUAUCUUUGAAGUUAGUGAUCUAACGAUUCAAUUUUAUCUUUGACAUACACGCAGUUUAUAUGUGCUGGAAUUUAAAAUGCGAAAAUGUAAAAUACGGAAAGUAAAUCUACGCUAUUACAUCGAUUGUGCAGGAAAUGUAAACUACGCUAUUUAUAUGAAUUUGACAACCUAUACAUUUAUCUAGGAAUUUAAAUUGCAAGAAAAUAAAAGAAGUGUUUUUGGUUUUUUUAUGAUUGUUUUUUAAUUAUAAUUAAUGCAUGAUUAAUUAAACUAAAAUGAGGAAAAAAGAUGAAAAUAAAUUUCAAACCUAGAAAUUAAGUUCAAAAUAUGUUCAAAAUGCUUGUUAAUUAAUUUUAAAACAAAACUAAUUUUUUUGGGGUUUUUUGAAAUUGAUUUGAAAUUGAUUAAGUUAAUUAACACAUAAUUAUAUAAAUAAUUACACAAAUA